UGAUUAAUAAUGAGAUGAAAUGAAAGCAAAAAAAUAAAUAAAUCAUUGAAAAUAUUAAAAAAUAUUCAAAAUUUACCAAUGAAUUUAAAAAUAAAGAUUUUAAAUAUUUUGAAACAAAUUGUAACCGAAAGUGAAAAUGUUAAGUGGAAUAUUUCCAGCAACCGUUAAAUGAACAAACAAGGAAACAACGAUUUUAAAGUUGAAGCUUGCAAGUGUGGCCUUGGAAUGUUUCUUUUUCUAUUUUGGGCAAAAAUAUAUAUAAAAUAUAUUUCGGAACGUAAAAAAUAUGAAAUUACUAUAAAAUGAAAAUAAAAUUAUUAUUAAAAUUCUGUUACCUUUUAAAAUAUGGGUUGAAAUAUAUAAACACCAAAUUUAAGAAACGUUCGAACUAAUCUGGUGACAUGUCCAUGAAGUAAUUCUGUUUAGACGUUUGCGUAGAUGUGUGGAAUAUGUACGUAUAUACGCAUAAAAAAAAAUGCUGCAAAAUUCCUUAAAUCUAUAAUGAGUGAUAAAAAUGGUACAAAGUAUAAUGCAUUUUAUAAAAAAAAAUUGUAACGAUCACAAAAUCUCGUGUUGGUGUACAGAAUAAAGCACAAUAUGACACAUGAAUGUUGAGAUGAAUUGACUACACCCUGUCAAUGUAAACCGAAUUAGAAAAGUGAAUAAAAGUCACAACGAGCUCUCGAGCCAUGAGCCAUAAUUUUCAAGUAAGCUACACAGCUCUUGGCAUGUCUGAUGAAAACCCCACCAGCUAUUCGAUGCAAUCGAUGGCAUCGUCCAAUCGCGUCGCUCGCAAUGUUAAUUUCAACGAAGACCUUAACGAUUCAGCUUAUCCGACACUGUACGAUCAAUCCAGACGAACCUCAAAAUUAUUUUUUCAACGGCCACGUUCGAUGUCGGCUUGGAGUGAUAUAAGUCGCAGUAGUAUGCGUUUAGAUGACAGGAUUGAACUAAGAGAAUUACAAUCGAAUUCAGUGUAUCGUAAUAAAAAAUCUCAUAUGGUUUUAAAACUAGUAUACAGUAAAAACGAAGAAAAAAAGAAGGAUAAUAAUGACAAAGUAAGUUUAAAAUAAAAUU